UGAAAUUGUUGAUCCAGGUCGCCCAACGCGUCGCUGCCUCUCGGCUUCAAUUCUUCGCGCAGCUCGCCGAAGCGGCUCUGUGUGUUACCAAACAGGCCGUUCCUCUCAUAGUCAUCCCCAAACCACUUCCCCUCCGAGCCUAGCUCCUCACCGGGCUGCGCAGACAUGCCUUUUUCCUGUCGUCGGACAGAUGAUAUUAUACUAGCUACACAAAGCUGCUGCCGCUUCUCUCUCUGCCGUAAUCGUUUGCGCUAGGAUGUGUGACGGAGAAAAUCGCGCAACAACAACAACAACAACAAUAGUGCGGCUCCUGGCUGGCGUCUGUCAGCUGAGACCGGGGUUCGUGGACGCCACAGAUGAGGCGGUGCAGUCGGGAGUGAGAGGAGAAGCAGAAGGAGUGAGGUUGAUUGUUUUAGUUCACUGCUCCGACGCUGACGUCAUAGUGUCCGCGAGCCCUUACGGUUGGCACCACUUUAUUUGGGACACAGUCAAAGAUCAAAAAGGUGUUUUCGGCCUAUAAAUGAGGUCAGAGGAUUCAGUCAAACCAGUGCUUAGCAUUGGUUUGUGAAAAUAGCGACAGUUAGCUUAUUAAAACUGGACACAUGGCCUAAAGAGGAGAAUAAUAAAGAUGUUUUUUUAAUAAUGCGAAAAGAAUAUUUUUUUUAUUUUUUUAAAAGUGGCAAAAAUUCCUCAUGUAUCCCAUGGUGAUGUUUUAAAUGGAGAAAUAGUAGUGUGAAUUUUAUGGUUUGAUGUUUAAAAAAAUGUCCCUUGCCAUAUGGCGCCCUCAUGCGGUCGCUUUUAAUAUGAGCAGGACCUCAAAAAGUUUCAGUCUGUCUUAGCAACCAGACGCUCUUGCCUGGAUACAGACUGAUGGCUAACACUGGCUAAAGCAAUCAGCGAGGUUUGCUGCUGUUCAGUUCUCCAUGGAAAAUUAUUUUGAUUUAGAUGUACACUAAAUUUAGCCGCCUGAUAUUUAAGCGGUCCUCUGUCGUACUUACUAUUUACAAGCACAACGUUAGAAGCUAGCACAGCUAGCGCUGAUGUGUGGUGACUUCGUACUCUUACUUGCUGACCUCAGUUAUUACAGCGAUAUGUUGUCAAAUGAGAAGCAAAAGAACCGCAGUGAAGAGGAAGUGAUCAAAAAACUGUGCAUGGCUAAUGGAGUCCCCUAUGAAAAAAUUGCACAAGAGGGAAGCAGCAUCACAUCACUGGAGAUGUUCUUCUCUGGUUUCCCCUGCAUGGUUGGCCUCUCCUUUUUCCCAAGGCUGUCCCAGCUUACCAUAAUAGGCCAGAACAUAGAGUACAUUGAUGGGCUUGAGUGCUGUCCUCUGCUUCAGGAGCUCUGGAUAGUCCAGUGCCAUCUGACGGAAAUAUCUGGACUACAGAACUGCCUGCAGCUGGAGAAACUGUACCUUUAUGAGAACAAAAUCAGUGAAAUAAAGAAUCUGGACUUGCAGGUCCACCUAGAGGUGCUGUGGAUCAAUAACAACUGCAUAACUAAGAUUAAGGGCUUGGACACACUUCUAGACCUUAAAGAACUAAACCUUGCUGACAACAUUAUUGAAAAGAUCGGGCACAGCCUUGAUCUUAAUGUCAACCUUCAGAAACUCAAUCUGUCUGGAAACAAGAUCAGCUCCUUUAAGGAGUUGAGCCAGCUUGCCCGACUGCCCCGUCUGAGUGAGUUAGCAUUGAAAGACCCCACGUCAACCCCAAACCCGGUGUGCCUCCUUUGUAACUAUGACACGCACAUUCUUUACCACGUGCCAAGCCUCCAGCGACUCGACAUCUACGACGUCUCCAGCAAGCAAAUCAAGGAAGCAGCUGAGUCUGCAGUGAUGAAAAAAAGGAUGUACUACAAUAUGCGUGUACGCACAGCUCAGAGGAAACUAGCAGAGACCCGGCUCAGUCUUAUAGAGAGGAAGAAAACUCUAUCGCAGUCACCUGAAGAAUGCAUCAAGACUCUCACUCGUGCCCUUAAAUUUCUCGAACGUGAGCUCUCCGUGGGGCCAGUUGUUUGCAAGAAACCUACCUGCCUGUCAGAAAGCGUAGAAGAAGGGCCACCACACCUGGAUGAAGACUUAACAGAAAGAAAUGAAUCAAUCAGUGACAUAAGUCAGGAUCCAGCCACGGAGCACAAAGUACACGCUAAGAUUGAAGCGCUGAGGAAACGACUCAAACUAUGGACCAGGAGGCUAGAUGAGAUUCACAUCUGGUACGAGCGUGAUUUGGCCCGAGCCACAAAUAGGAUGGAGUAUACGGUGCAGUUUCUACUGAUGGAGCUAGAAAGUGUUGGAAAUAUCCGUUUGGAGGAGGGCUGCUCCACAGAUCCUUGGUUUACUUCUUGUUGUGACCUCCUACUUUCCCGCUUCUCUCCAUCAGACUACAAAACGUAUGGCAUCACUGAUAUUAGGGUGGAUAGAGUUAUCCGCAUCCACAAUAGUGCACUGAGACUUUGCUUUGAGGACAAGAUUCACCGUUUGCUAGCCAACGAAGAUUUAUCUUCCCACAGGAAUUACAGACGUCAGCUGGAGUAUUUAUUCUACAUAGUUGACCCUGAAAAAUGUGAGAAGGAUGAAACUUUGCAGAUUCUCCAGGAAGGCUUCAAAACAACAGAGCAGCAGAAGGCCAUGGGAAAAGAGGGUGCUAUACCUUUUUCCAAUAGCCUGAGUUUGAACGAGCAGUCCAGAAUUGAGUACACACUUCGCCAGACCAGCCAAGGUCACACUAAACACAGCAUGGAUACGAUUCCCUUCAGGCACGGUCAGGUCAAUGUUUCCAAAGUGUUCGUGGGUAAAAGCAUGCCCAUCCGAGAUGGAGAACCGGUGGACAGAAGCAAUUAUCCUGGAGUUUACUCUGUGUAUCGCAGUGUGGAGACAAAGCACAGAUCUGCAAUGAGUGAAGAAAGACCCGGCUCCACCAAAACACACACUGAUCUUGAGUCCAGUCCCCGCCGAAGGCAGUGGUUUGUGUUUGACCACGAGCUUGUCCUGCCCGAGUACAUCAUAUAUUAUGAAUACAUCACUCAGGACAAAGACAAACCUACACUGCUGAGCCAUAGCACAGACAGAGAUCCUACCAAUGAUGUUGCUCUGGACAAAGAAGUCCUCAACAGGGAACCUGUUCUUAAACCUCAGCCCAAGUUAUUGAGCUUGGAUGAUAAAAUUCUGCUUAGUGUUGCCCGAGCCAAUGUCCUCAGUCAAAUCACAGUGCUUAACCUUCAUGGCAACAGCCUGAGCAACAUAAAGGAGAUUUCCAGCCUCACGGCUCUAAGGCAUCUUACUGUCAGCUUCAAUGAGUUCACGCACCUUGAUGACAUUUCUCACAUGCCAAAUCUUGAGUUUUUGGACGCUAGCUUUAACCACCUGGUGACUCUGGAAGGUCUGCGGGGGCUGGGACAGCUCAAACAACUCGAUGUGCGCUGGAACAAGCUGACCAAGGUCAGAGAGGAUACGGCUGUGCUCAGAAAACACACACCUGCUCUGCUGAAACUGGACACCCGAAACAAUCCUUGGAACAGGCCCGAGGCAGUCAGAAUGACCAUACUAGGCCAUCUCAUGAACCUCACACACCUGGAUGAUGUGCUGGUAGCAGAGGAGGAGGCUGCUGAAGCUGUUCAGAUGACAGCUGGGUCCAAAAUUAACCAGGCGUCUCUUCUGGCACACUCGCGUACCAAGAGUGACCGUCCCCGCACUCUUAGUCUGCUGUCAACAGCCCAGCUCCUGUAUCAUUUGAGUCCAUCACCCUGGGGCUUUGGUAAAGAACUGGACCAAGACUGGACUGCAAAAAUCACCACCCUGAACCUUGACAACCAGAGGAUUUCCAAGAUGAUCAAUCUAAGUAAGCUGGUGAACCUGCGCUGGGCCUCCUUUAAUGAUAACGAGAUCUCAAAAGUCGAGGGUCUGGACAACUGCCUGAAGCUGGAAGAACUGUCCCUAAACAACAACAGUAUUUGCACACUCAGUGGCCUCACACGACUCCAUUGCCUAAAUAAACUGAGUGUAGAUGGGAAUUGGCUAACCAGUCUGGACGUCUCAACGCUCGACGGGCUGUCCAGCUUGUCUUUUCUGUCAGCUGAGAACAACUGUAUUGCUUCUCUUCAUGGCAUCCAGAGACUUCGGUCUCUCUUUGAACUUUACAUCGGCAGCAACCAGAUCUCUACAUCAAGAGACAUCUACUGUCUGAAAGGAUUGACAAACCUCCUCAUCCUGGAUCUCUGUGGGAACCCUUUAGUGGAGAAACUGGAAAACUAUCGAAUAUAUGUAGUGUUUCAUCUCCCCUUCCUCAAAGCUCUGGAUGGAAUUGCAGUGGAAGCAAGUGAGUGUGAGAGCGCAAAGAAUAUGUUUAUGGGAAGAUUGACCACCGACACAGUGGCAGAGAAGCUGGGCCACUCAAACUACACAAAAAUCACACACCUAAACCUUCAGUCCUGUUCCAUUAGGAUAGUUGAUCUGUCUCCACCAGAACUCUUCCGUAAUGUGCGCUGCAUCAACUUAGACCAUAGCAACCUCACAUCCUUCUCAGGCCUCAUCCACCUGCCCAACAUCAAAGCUCUGUGUCUCAACUAUAACCACAUAGAGUCAAUUCUGCCCAGGCAGAAGACUCAGACUCAUCUGACAAGCAGACAGAUACUAUACAGCAAAGUGCACUCCAGUGGCUACAGCCAACAGAGCACAUCUAAAGCCACCAGGGAUACUGGGCCCACUGGCAGCCUGGAGCCACUGAUGGGAAGCCUGGAGGUGCUUCAUUUGAGUCACAAUGGCAUCUCCAAUAUGGCCAAUCUGCAGCUCAGCAGGCUCACCAAUCUUAAAGCACUCUUCCUCGAAGGCAAUGAGAUAAGCCAAGUGGAAGGCUUGGAAGGGCUUCACCAACUCAGAGAGCUUGUGUUGAACAGAAACCGGAUUAAAACUCUGACCAAGAACUCUUUCGCAGCCCAGGCUCUCCUCCUACAGCUGCACCUGGCACAGAACCGGAUCCGGGAGCUGAACCAUCUCGAUCCUCUGAUUGAGCUUCACAAGCUCUCCCUCGACAUGAACAAGCUGCAGGACAUCGCAGAGCUUGACAAAUUAGAAGCUCUUCCCUCACUGAAGGAGCUCUCUGUUGUUGGCAAUCCUGUGGCACGCAAUUCUGUCCACAGACCAGCAGUGGUGCUUUGCCUGCCCCAGCUGCAGGUCCUGGAUGGUGUGGACAUCACUCUGGAGGAAAGAACCAGGGUGGAACUACUCAAUGCUGAUUCAUCAGUGAGAACUCCAUACUCCCAUCAUCCCGGAGCUCUCCUUCCUACAAGUGAAGUUAACCUACCUGGACUGCUCGUGCCCCACAACCCCACUCUAAGAGUAAUGAAUGUAAGCGGAGGGCCGCAGAAUGUGAUGCACGGGCACAAUGUCCUGCAAAAUAACAUAGACGAAGACCAUUACACAUACAAAUGUAAGAAGCACAAACACAGUAACGCUGCUCAAAGUGGCCAAACUGAUAUUUACUUCAGACACAACCGAAGAACAGGAAGCAACAUUCCAACCACUGCUGGGAACAGACAACAAGAACAAGACAGCAGAUUGAUUCCCAAAUGGCGAUAGACUUCCACCCCAGUAGGAAUCAGAAGAGGUGGAACAUGAGGUGAACACAUAUGGCGGCCAUCGCUGUUGUGUGUUUUUAUGUCCUGGUGUGAAAUUAAUGACAAUAACAAUAAUCUAUGUGUAUCUAAAUGGUGGGAUUUUUGUAUGUUUUAAUAAAUUACUAUUAGUUAAUACAAGCAGCACUUUAAACUGAA